AUGGCUUCUCUGCCCCCUGUACAGGCAUCUCCCUCGGCAUCUGGAUCAUAUAGGACGUUUUCGGGUAAACGCCCUUCCACUAAUCUAGGCGCAGACGAGGAGAACCGGCGGAAAGACCCGAAGAUUAGUAGGGCCUGUGACACCUGCAAGCGAAAGAAAAUACGAUGUGACGGCAUACUUCCAUGCAGCACCUGUGUUAAGAGAAAGCUCAACUGUGCCUAUGACGCGAAAUAUGGCCGAGGACGGCCUCCGACCCCACCACCUUCAACCACAAUCAAUGAACGCCAAGAGAGACCACGAAGUGAUAGUGCAAAUGACCUUUCUAUCUGGCAGCCACCAGCACCCGUCGCUCAUGAGGUCUCGACUUCCCAAGUGCAUUCUCACGCCUCGCCCGAAAUCGAAAUCGAGGGUCAAUAUUUUGACCCUACCUCGGGAUUGAACUUUCUACACCGAGCGUGGAAAAAGUUGUUGAUUCAAAAGGAUGAGUCUGCAUCAUAUGACCCGAAUGACACGGAGCGAAAUCAACUUCUCACUUCGGCCGGAGACCCCCCGUUUCACAUUGACGAUAGCGCAUCAGACAGCUUCAUUCCAGAUGUCCCCACAGCGAGAAGGCUGCAGGAGUUCUAUUUCGAAACUUGUGUUGUGACCUACCGCAUGUUCCACCGACAAACUGUUGAAGGCUGGAUGGAGAUAUUCUUGAAGGAUCGAGAAUUGCAAAGGCCUAUUGCUCAGUCCCUCGGUAAUUCCAGGACUGCAAUUCUCCUUACCAUAAUGGCUAUCGCGACUCUACGCCUGGAGAAACUGAAUGGCGAAAUGUCCACGGCAGAUGAGUCACUCGUUUUACAACGAAGCGAUCACUUGUUCUGUGCUGGUUUGAGAUUGACCGAUAUGGAGAUGGGGUUCCCUCGUCUUGAAUCAGCGCAAGCACGCCUCAUCCAAGUCCUCUAUCUUCUUCAAACAGCUCGCAUGAAUAAAGGCUGGUAUACAUUUGGUAAUGCAUUUCAUAUCACGCUCUCCUUGGGUAUGCACAGGAGACGCGAUGAAAAGCGAGACUUUCCUUUCACGAGUAGGCGACAAAAUUACAUCACUUCAGAAUGCUAUAAGCGCACCUUUUGGGCGGCGUACAUCAUCGACAAGUAUCUUAGUGUUGUAUUUGGCCGGCCUCGACUUUACCAAGAUGAUGACAUUGAUCAGAGCUUUCCAGAUAAUGUCAACGAUGAGGACAUGACGCCACAGGGACCUUCCAUCUCAGAUGAUCCAGCCGAUUGCUAUAUUGAUGCUCUCAUAUUUCAUGCAAAAAUUGCACGAAUAAUUGGAAAGGUAUCACGAGAAGUAUACUCGGUCAGCGACCUUUCCAACCAAGAUCGCUUAGCAGCUGCCCAUCGAUCCGCCCGUGAAUUACAUGAAUGGCGUGCAAGCCUGCCACCACACUUGGGUACUGUGAAACCAUCAACAUUGAUUCCUAGUUUCCGGCGUCAGGCUAUUGCCUUGCAGCUGGCGUAUUCUCAUGCUCUCAUUCACACCAAUCGGCCAUUCCUUUUGACUGAAGCAGCGUCUGAGAAUGUUAUCGAAUGCAUCUCUGCCACCAAAGCCAGUUUAGAGCUCAUCAACAGAAUGGCGGGGGAUAGUACGCUUCUUCAUUCCUUCUGGUGGACACACUAUGUCAUCUUCUGCGCAUUGGCAGUGGUUUAUGUUUGGGAAAUUCAGCGAACCACAAGACCCACCGACGAGAUAGAUAAUCAGUCUCUCGGGAAGAUCUUUGAUCUCGCAGAGAAAUGCCACGGUCAUCUCAAGCGAGGAUCUACUGGUCUAUCACAAAACCGACGAUACAGCGUCAUACUUGACGAACUGAGAUCCGAGGCCCAAAGAUGUAGAAUCUUGAGGGGAAAUCCGCCGUAUCCACACCAAGGUGGUCGUCCUAGUGGCGAAACCAACGCCAACACACAUAUUACCUUUCCAUUCUUACAAGACACGGAUUUGUUUGGGACUGCGGGGAGCGUCCAGGAAGAGAUCAUGCCGAACAUGCUGGACAGUUUUCUCUUCAGUGACUGGCAGACUCUUGACUCAUCGGCCAUCUUCCCAUUUCCUGAUCCAAAUUCUGUUUCUCCGACAUGUUUCCCCGAAUUUCCAUAA